AUGGAGAGCAGGAGAGGGCGGGCGGCACUGGCGGCCCUGACGCUGCUGGUCGCGGGCCUCGCAGUGCGCGGCGGGAGGGGGGUUGCGGACGUCGGGGACGCUGGAGGAGGGCUUGGCGAAGGGGACGAAGAAAGCAAACCUGGGCAGUUGAGGCUGCAGGACUUCCUGCACGAAGAUACUCUGAGGCAGCUCAAGACUCUUCUGCUUCAAGAUGCAAAUGCAGCCUUGGACGCAUUUCAUGGAAUCGCCCUCUUCCUGCAAGCAACGAUGACGGAAAUUCCAGAGGAUGCGACCUCGGACGACGACAUUGAUCCUUAUGCAGAUAUUGAAGACGCCCAUGGAUUGGCCGUUGACUCAGAGGGGACACCAACAGAGACCACAGAGUCUUCUGUUCUGGAAUAUGCACCACUAGGGGAGACAGAGGCAGAAGCUCUGUUCCUAUUUGCAGCAAUGUCAGACACAGGCCUGUUGAAUGGAAGUGUUCCCCACAGCGACAACUUGACCAUACAUGCCUUGCUCGCUGCAGCCAAAGCAGGAUCUCGGAAUGCCAAAUUGGCACUUGCUGACCGCUACUUCACGGGCAGGGGAGUGGAUUCGAGUUGUUCUAAGGGAAUGCUUUAUGCUAUUGACGUUGCUGAAGACCUCAUUAGGGAGACAGAGGAGAAAGGCGAAUAUGACAUCCCACUGGCGCCAAUAGACUUGCGAAUGGGGUGGAUGGAUGGCUCCUAUGUGUCCACAGCUGACAUAGAAUCGGCACUGGAGCAAAUGGCAUAUGAAGACGAUGUGGAGCUGAGGGGAAACGCAAAUGCCCGGCGAUAUCUCAGUUACAGGACUGUGGUAGGGAUGCGACUUGAUGACGACCCAACAGAAGCCUUGCGUGCCUUUAAAGUGCUGGCGAAGGAAGGGGAUGAGCUGGCGGAAUUCAACCUGGGUUUCAUGUAUUUCAGGGGAAUUGCUGUUUCCGUAGACUACGGCAAAGCCUUUGAACACUGGGAGAGGGCUGCCGCUCAAGGCCAUCUUGGCGCCUACUACCACCUUGGCCUCAUGCGCUUGCAUGGCUACGGCGUUGAGAAGGACUUCCAGGAGGCUAAGGCGUUCUUUGAGAAGUGUGCGAAGGGGGAAUACCCUGAUUGUGUGGCGGCACAGGCAGACAUGCUAAGGACGGGGGAGUUCGGCGAACCCCAGAAUUUGGACAAGGCGCUUCAGCUGUACUCCGACGCUGACGAGAACGGCCAGUGGCGGUCGUCGUACGACCUUGCAGUGAUGCACUGGCGGGGGGAGGGCCUGCCGCCCAACUGCACGGCCGCAGCGGACCACAUAUCGCGCUUCAUAGAGGGGCGCUACCACUUCGCCAGGCAGCUGGAGGCCGCCGAGCGGAGCCUUAAGGCCGGCAAGACCUGGGCUGCCCUCGUGCAUUACGUGCUCCUGUCGGAGGAGGGCAGCGAGGCGGGGGCCGCCAACGCCGCGUUCAUGCUGGAGAGGGGCUGGGGCCACUCCAGCACGGCCAGGUUCAAUUUCGCGGUGGACCUGUACCUGAGGUCCUGGAAGUUGGGCAACCCACAGAGCAUAGUGGCCGCGGGCAACCUGGUGUACUUUGCGGACGUUUUCGACCUCGAGGAGGCGGGGGAGGAGCAGCUGGCCAUCGCGGCCGACCUGUACGAGCUGGGCGCAGGCAUGGGCGACUUCGAGGCGUGCUACUGCCUGGCGUGGAUGUACCAGCACGGCGAGGGCGUGGAGAAGAACCUGACGAUGGCCGCCGAGCUGUACGGCAGGGCCAUCGCCCUGUCGCCGUCAGAGGGCACCGCCGCGCCCUCGGCCGUCGCCCUGGCCGUCCUCCACCUCACGAUGCUGUUUCCGGGGCUGGAAUUCGCCUUGGGGGCAUUGAGGACGUACCUGCGCGAUCUGGUCCGACUAAAGCCGCAUGUCGAGGCGCCCCAGAUCGGCCCCACGUUUCUCACCGGCCCGCCGGGGGUCCUGGGCUACCUGGCCGCAUGCUUGAGGUCGCUGUUGGGAGACGAUGUUAAAAUGGGCCCGGAGGGCGCGUACAUGAUGGCGCUGGCGGGCGUGUUCGCGUGGGUGUCGUGGGUGCGUUGGAGGCGGUAUCACUGGCGGUGGAGGCGGAUUCACGGCGACGAGGCCAGGGGGGGGCCGCCGCCCGCCGGGCGCCAGGGGGGCCCAAACGGGGAGAGAAGGAAUGUGGGGCAGAACGCGGGGGAAGUUGGCUUGCGUCAGCGGAGAUGA